GACCAGGGUCGGCCAUCGCCGCUGCAAUCGCCAUGCCGCGGGGGCGGCGGCGGGAGCGCGGCGGCGGGGGGCAGCAGCUGGUGCUGAGCAGGUUCUUCGGAGCGGCGGGGAGCGGCGAGGAGCAGGGUGCCGCCCGGCAGACGGCUUCUGAAUUUGGCACAAAAAGGAGAACAUCAACCGAAAGCAAUGAACCCUGUGAAAAGAAAACCAAGGCACGACAAAUUACUCUAGAAGACAUCUGUAACCCACUGAAGACUCAGGAUAAAAAAGAACAUCCGAAGUGUGAAAAGUCCCGUGUAUGUUUGCAAACUCUAGACAGACUGAGAGAAUUCUGCAGUGAUUCAGACCAGCAGUGUAACAGAAUCCGGGAGGAUAGUUUUCCAGAGAGACAAUCUCUGAUUUUGGAAAAGUGUCCGAGUAUUAUUGGGAGAAGUUCAGAUUUGAAAAAUCCUCUUCAGUCAUGGGACGCUAGCCCAAAGGUUGCCCAGAAGGAGGAGUUACACUGUGAUCUUAGUCAGUUUUCUGCAUGUCUUAAGUCUUCUGAAAAUACUCAGAAUACUUCAGAUACAAAUCUUAAUAAGAGAACCAAAACCAUUUACACUCCACUAGAACUUCAAUUCAUAGAAAUGAAGAAACAGUAUAAAGAUGCUGUUUUAUGUGUGGAAUGUGGAUACAAAUAUCGCUUCUUUGGAGAAGAUGCAGAGAUUGCAGCUAAAGAACUGAACAUUUAUUGUCAUCAGGAUCAUAACUUUAUGACUGCCAGUAUACCGAGUCACAGACUAUUUGUCCAUGUGCGGCGACUUGUAGCAAAAGGAUAUAAGGUUGGAGUAAUAAAACAAAUGGAAACUGCAGCACUGAAGGCUGCUGGGGAAAAUAAAAGCUCUCUCUUCAGCCGGAAACUGACUGCUCUCUACACGAAGUCUACGCUUAUUGGAGAAGAUGUGAACCCUUUGCUGAAGCUACAUGAUUCUGUAGAUGUUGAAGAGGUGACAACAGGUGUCCCUGAUAACUACCUCCUCUGUAUCUGUGAAAAUGGAGAAAACCUAAAAGACAGGAAGAAAGGUGACAUUGUUAUAGGCAUUAUGGCAAUUCAACCAACUACCGGAGAAGUAAUUUUUGACAGUUUUCGGGACUGUGCAUCUCGCUUAGAAUUAGAGAGUCGGGUUUUGCGCCUGCAGCCAGUUGAAAUAAUACUUCCAUCUAGCUUGUCAGAUCAAUCUGAAAAGCUCAUUAACAGUAUAACCUCCAUGAGGUUGCGGGAUGACAGAAUAAGAAUAGAAAGGAUGGGAAAACUCCAUUUUGAAUACAGCCAUGCUUUCCAGCUGAUUACUGAUUUUUACACAAAAGAAGUGCCUGAUGCUACAGGUCCUCAAAAACUAUCUGUAAUACUAAGCUUGGAUAAGCCUGUUGUUUGCUCCCUGGCAGCAGUAAUUGCAUACCUCAAAGAAUUUAAUUUGGAAAGGAUGCUUUACAAUCCAAGCAAUUUCAAACAGUUGUCAAGUGAAACUGAAUACAUGACAAUUAAUGGAACAACAAUGAAAAAUCUUGAAAUUUUACAGAAUCAGACUGAUAUGAAAACAAAAGGAAGCCUACUCUGGGUCUUGGAUCAUACCAAAACUUCCUUUGGACGUCGGAGAUUGAAGAAAUGGGUAACCCAGCCCCUCAUGAAAUCCAGUGAAAUAAAUGCCCGGCUUGAUGCUGUGUCUGAAAUGCUACUGUCAGAAUCCAGUGUGUUUGGUCAGAUUCGAAAUCUUCUUUGUAAGCUGCCAGAUAUAGAGAGAGGCCUCUGCAGUGUUUUUCAUAAAAAGUGCUCAACCCAAGAGUUCUUCUUGAUACUCAGCACCCUGUCUCGUCUGGAUUUGGAAAUUCAAGCUCUUGUUCCAGUCAUACAUUCUCAUGUGAAAACUCCUCUAUUACAAAAUGCAUUGUUGGAAAUCCCAGAACUUCUUUCCCCAGUAAAACAUUAUUUAAAGAUCCUUAAUGAAGAAGCAGCCAAGACUGGAGACAAAACCCAGUUGUUCAAGGACCUUACAGACUUCCCUGUCAUCAGAAAGAAAAAGGAGGAGAUCCUGGAUGUGCUUUCUAAAAUCCAAUUGCAUCUGCUGGACAUUCGUAAACAGAUUAAGAAUCCUUCUGCAGAGUACGUUACAGUUUCUGGUCAAGAGUUUAUGAUAGAAGUCAAGAAUUCCCAUAAAUCAUCUGUGCCAUCUGACUGGGUUAUGGUUAGUAGCACAAAAGCUGUCAGCCGUUUCCACUCUCCUUUUAUUAUAGAAAAUUACAAACAUCUGAAUCAGCUCCGGGAGCAGCUAGUCCUUGACUGCAAUGCUGAAUGGCUAAACUUUUUAGACCAUUUCAGUGAACAUUAUCACCCUGUGUCUAAAGCGAUUGGUCACCUAGCAACUAUCGACUGUCUGUUCUCAUUGGCCCAGGUGGCUAAACAAGGAGACUACUGCAGACCAACUGUGCAAGAUAAUCGGCGAAAAAUAAUUAUAAAAAAUGGGAGGCACCCUGUGAUUGAUGUACUACUGGGAGAACAGGAUCAGUAUGUUCCAAAUACCACUAACCUUUCAGGAGAUGGUGAAAGGGUCAUGAUAAUAACUGGACCCAACAUGGGAGGAAAGAGCUCUUAUAUAAAGCAAGUUGCAUUGAUCACAGUCAUGGCACAGAUUGGCUCUUACGUUCCCGCAGAGGAGUCGACAAUUGGUAUUGUGGAUGGUAUUUUUACCAGAAUGGGUGCAGCAGACAACAUUUACAAAGGCCAGAGUACCUUUAUGGAAGAACUGACAGAUACUGCUGAGAUAAUAAGAAAAGCGACUUCAAGAUCACUAGUAAUUUUGGAUGAAUUGGGAAGAGGAACUAGCACACAUGAUGGAAUCGCUAUUGCUUAUGCUACACUUGAACAUUUUAUUAGAGAUGUGGAGUCGCUGACACUGUUUGUCACUCACUAUCCCUCAGUUUGUGAUCUAGAGAAGGUGUAUCCAGACACAGUUGGUAAUUAUCACAUGGCUUUCUUGGUGAAUGAGGAGGAAAGUGCUGAACAAAAAGGAUCUGAAGAUGAAGAGAAUCCUGAAUUUAUCACUUUUCUUUAUCAAAUAACUAAAGGAGUCUCUGCAAGGAGUUAUGGGCUAAAUGUUGCCAAACUGGCAGAUAUUCCUGAAGAAAUCUUGAAGAAGGCAGCUCACAAAUCAAAGGAGUUGGAGAGAAUAGUGAAUACGAAAAGAAAAAGGCUAAAGUCCUUUGCUGAAGUAUGGAAGAUAAAUGAUUCUCAGGAACUACAAAAAUGGAAAACUUCAGCUCUUCUCCUGAUCUUGGCACAGUCUGAAGACUGACUUGAUCUAAAUAAUGUUGGCGUAUCCCAAGAUGACGUGAAAGAGGCAAUUCAAACUAUGCAACUGGCAUCCCCAGUGCUCUGUCAAAUGCAGAGUAAAGCAGAGAGAAACAGAUGUGUUUUAAAAUUUCUUUUUAUUUGCAGUUAUAAAGUUCAUAUUUCAAAUGGGAAUGUGAUAUCCAAAUUGGUUUUCUUUUAUAAACGUAACCAGGUGAAAUAUCUUGCUAUGAAAAUGGACAAUGAUGUUCACAUACUUAAACCUUGGCAAAUAGUUUGUUGUAUUAAAAAAAAAUAAGUGAAAAGAAGUGAAAUAAAGUAUCAUCUUGAUUUUGCUAUAAGGAAAAUAAUAAAAUGAGGUUUUGUACUCUUUAAGACAGCUGAACAGUUCUAAUGUUUUCAGUAAAUGAAGGAAUUUAUUUUUUUUUCCCAAAUACUGCAUGUCAGAUAAAUAUGAAAUAAUGUCAUUGCAGGUGAUUGAAUUAGCCUUCCUAAUAUAGAGAACUUCAUGCAGAAAAGGGUGUAAUAUUUUUACGGGUGAUGAACAAUUGCUAACCUUCACCAAAGACUUUUUUCCAGCUUCUUCAGAUGACAAAGCAUCAUUUAAACAAAUAGUUUGUCUGCUUCAAAUAGCAAUCAAUAUGAGCAUCUCCUUCCAGAGUGUGCAGUGUAUUUAUCUAAACUGGAAGAGCUGAAGAAGAAAACUAGUCUUUCAAGGAGUUGUUACACCAGUGUGUUUAUGCCAUGCAUUGUGAAGCACAAUGAAUGUAAUACUCUAUUAUUAAUGCACACAGAUGCAGUGCAUUGGAUCUUAAGGACCUCUGACCAUAGUCUUCAAAGAGAGUAAAUAAGCCAUUACUGCAUUCCCAUGUGUGCUAAAUGAGCUUUUAGUGUGACACUUUUUGCCCUCAAGGGAGCAUUCAGACUAUGCUCUGACAAGAAAAAGAACACCUGGAUACAGUCUGAAAAAAAAUGAAGAAAUACAAUUAAGAAUGGAGAAAUGGACACGGUAUUACUGGCCUACUCAUGUUAUCAAGUGCAAAACAAUUACAGCAGGCUUUUCUCUUAAUGUCUGUGAUCGUGUUAGGAAUAAUUUGAUUUAGCCCUGCUCAGUUCAACAACAGACGUUAUCUUGCUAUCCUGAGAAGGUUUUUUCUAGAUAUGCAGGCUAAUUAUUAAAGCUACUGUUUUAUUCACUGCUGAUUAUUAUAAUUCCUAGCAGAUAUGUAAAAAGUUAUGACCAUUUGAGAAUGCACUAUAAGGAGAUGCAUGCUGUUAUUAGAUGUGCUUACUGCUGGUUUUGGGAUAUAUUUGUGACAAACCACACAGUACAGUGCAGAUUUAUCUAGACCUUGCUCUGCUGACGUGGAGCAGCCACACUCAUUAGCAGAGUGCAUGCCACGUGAGGGCCAUCACUCUGGGAUGUAAUGAGUUCAGAGCUCACUUGGGUACGUUUGUGGAGCAUGAGAUUAGGUUAGUGUAGGCAAGCAACCAGACAGAUGUUCCUUGGCCUUUGGUAGCAUAGAGCACAAGAGGGAUAUAAAGACUUGCUGGAAAACAGGGAAAGGCAUUAAUUCUGUAGGAGGGUUUGGGUUUUUUUUCAUUUCUUUUGCUGUGGUGAGUUGGGACUUCUGUGUCUGUCAUAGCAGCAGUCCUUCUAAGAGAUGGAAAGAUCAGAAGCCGCUUUUGUGUUUUCCUUUUUUUUUCCUUCUUCUUUUCUUUUAAAUUCCAGCACACUAAGCUUCAUCUGAAAGACAAUUUGAAGUACAGUUUUGGUAGUGGUACAAUGUUGGACAUGUGUCGUAUUUUUAAACCAGAGUAAUAAAAUUGUGUCUGUGUGCUGAGUCAGCAAGUUUGAUCCUGCAUACUGACAGCUGUAAGAUUAAAGAAGAGUGACCCAUACUUAGAUGAUGCUUGGUUGUAGUGGGAAUUCAUGCUAGUCUUGAGCUUGCCUUCAAGAAAGGAAUGUCUAAAUCUCUUUGUCUAAAUAUUAAUAUUUUUGGAAACCUGCACAGAGUGUUGGCUCCUACUGCCUGUGCCAGCACAUUACUGACAUCGAUAAAAUUUGGUAUUGAUGUGAAAAAUACAGCUUUGUGCUAUAGAUAAAGGUACAGUCUCCUUGAAAGGCUUUUGCACUUUAUGGAUUUUACCUGUUUUUUUUUGAAGAUGGUAUUUAUCACUUUCUUA